AUGAAACCAGAAGAAGGGCCUAGUCAAGUAACUAACAAAGACUCAGGGGAGAUGAGGAGAGGUACUUCUAUCGUAGACCUCGUUUUAAGGAUCUUCGCGAUUUUCGGGACGUUAGGAAGUACAAUCGCAAUGGGAACCACCUACCAGACUCUUCCGUUUUCGACUCAGGCAGUGAUUUACCAGGCUCAAUACGAUGACAUACCGACCUUUAGGUUUUUCGUGAUCGCGAGCGCAAUAGUGUGCGGAGGCCUUGCUAUUUCUCUACCAGUGUCGAUUUAUCAUGUUAUCAGGACAAAGGCAAUGAAGAGCAGGGCCUUGCUGAUUUUCUUCGACACGAUAAUGUUAGCUGUGCUCACUGCAGGUUCCUCGUCAGCGGCAGCUGUAGUGUAUUUAGCACACAAAGGAAAUGCAUCGGCAAAUUGGCUCGCCAUUUGCCGACAGUACCGAAAUUUUUGUGAGCGCAUAACGGUGUCCUUGAUCGGCUCGUUUGGGGCUGUCAUAAUCUUGAUUCUGUUGAUCCCUUGGUCGGGAUUUAUCUUAUCGAAGCAAUGGUGA